AUGCGGGGCUUGAGUUUGCUCCUGUUCAUAACUGUGGCUAGUGAUGUGACAGGAGCAUCGCUGCCGCCAGAGCUGGAGGUAACGUUAAGCGCCGCAGCUGCCGUCACAUCCCCCGUCGCCUCGCGCUAUGUUCCUGAAGAGUACGGACAUCCCGGGAGGACCAAUACUAUCCAGCUGCUGACCCGCAGCACAGCAGUUUCAGAACCACAGCCACAGAACUGCAGUCACAGAACCGGAAAUGAAAAAGUAAAUGCAGGUUUGAUGGAUUUCUUGUUGUUUGGAGCUGUGGAUCCUGUAGCAGUGCUCGCUGUGUUCGAAGAAGUCCAUGUGAAUGAGACACUCUUCAUCAUUGUCUUUGGCGAGUCACUGCUCAAUGAUGCUGUCACUGUGGUCUUAUACAAAGUGUACAUAUCCUUUGUGGAAGUGGGACCAGGAAAUGUUUACACUGCAGACUAUUUUAAAGGAAUUGCAUCCUUCCUCAUUGUCAGUAUUGGAGGGACUUUGGUUGGUCUCAACUUUGCUGUUAUUCUGGCCUUUGUCACUCGUUUUAUGAAGAAAGUGCGCAUCACAGAGCCACUGUUCGUCUUCCUGUUGGUUUACCUGACCUACCUGACGGCAGAACUCUUCUCUCUGUCCGCUAUUCUAUCGAUGACUUUCUGCGGCAUUGGCUACAACAAGUAUGUGGAGGCCAAUAUAUCCCAGAAGUCCCGGACCACCGUGAAGUACACCAUGAAAACCCUGGCCAGCAUUGCAGAGACGAUCAUCUUCAUCUUUUUGGGUAUUUCCGCUGUGGACAAGUCCAAAUGGGCCUGGGACACUGGCCUUGUUGUCAGCACACUCAUAUUUAUCUUAGUCUUCAGGGCUGUGGGUGUUGCAGGACAGACUUGGUUCCUGAACUGGUUCAGGCUGGUUCCCCUGGAAAAGAUUGAUCAAGUGAUGAUGUCAUACGGCGGUCUCCGAGGUGCUGUGGCUUUUGCUCUGGUGGUACUUUUAGAUAAAGAACAGGUGAAGGCUAAAGACUACUUUGUGGCAACAACCAUAGUUGUGGUUUUCUUCACAGUCAUGUUUCAGGCCUGUGACCACAUUCUGACAGCUGUGAAGGACAUUGCUGGUUUGAAUGGAUAUCAUCAUUGGAGGGACAAGUGGGAGCAAUUUGACAAGAACUAUUUGAGUAAGUUGCUGUUGAGAAAGUCUGUGUACCAUAAGAGUGAACUGUGGGAGGUUCAGAAAAUCAACAUCAGAGAUGCCAUCAGUGUCAUUGAUCAGGGUGGGAAUGUGUUGACCUCUGCAAGAAUCUCUCUGCCUUCCAUGGCCAGCAGAACCUCUUUUCCAGAGGUCACAAAUGUUACCAACUACCUGAGAGAAAAUGGCAGUGGGGUGUGUCUAGACCUCCAGGUGAUUGACACAGUGCCAGGAGCCAAAAUAGAGGAAGAGCUAGAGACACAUCAUGUACUUGCUGGAAACCUCUACAAACCCAGGAGACGGUACCAGUCCCACUACAGUCGGCACUUCAUGACAGUGGGUGAAAAAGAGAGACAGGACAGGGAGGUGUUCCAGAGGAAUAUGCGCAACCGUCUGGAGUCCUUUAAAUCCACUCGCUACAAGCGCCACAAGAAGGACCGCAGUCAGAAAAAGGCAAGAGCUCAAAACUGCAGCAGAACACACUUAUGUUGAGUUUGGUGGACCUGAGGG